GUUCAUCAGUUCAUCGACAAUUCCCACCUGGAUUUAGUCAUAUCCUAAAAGAUAUUUUUUACCUCGUCUCCUGAUAAAAAUUGUGUGACGAAUAAGGCUGAAUAAGCGGAGAUCAAUCGGAUUGCAUUUCAGUGUAUUUACGAAUCACAAAGGAUCAGAGUACAACGCGAAAAGCCAUCGGAAGUUGGUAAGGGAAAAGGGAGAAGACGGCCGCCAGAAGAAGCUCAGCAGCAUUCCAAAGAGCAUACUUCCCGGAUGCCGGACAAGGCAACGGCUAUUCUCCUUCCCCAACCUACCUCCUUCCUCUCCUCUCCUUGUCACCCUUCGUCGCGCCCAGUUAAACCAACCCUCACCUGGAACUCCAUCGUCGCCGCUUCCACCCAUCCCAUUCUCUCCUCCACAGGCGGCGGUCGUGGUGGCGGCAGAGACGUAUGGAGGAGAACUCCACGGAACCAGCAUUAUGUGGACCGGAGCGUCGACAUGGACGCGCUGCUCUUGGCUCUGAGCCAGACCACCACCCCCGAAGAGCUCCACGCCGUGAUGUCUCCUUAUCUUGGCACCCCCGACGGCCGCCACCAGCUCUCCCCUCGCUUCAUGGUCUCCCUCCUCUCCCGCGAACCCGACUGGCGCCGCUCCCUCGCCCUCCUCGACUGGAUGCUCGAUGUCGCCUCCUACCCGCCUUCCAUCUUCGCCUUCAACGUCGUCCUCCGCAAUGCCCUUCGCGCCCGCCAAUUCACCCUCGCCCUCGGCCUCCUCCACGAGAUGCGCCUCUCCCUCUCCCUCUCCCCCGACGCCGUCACCUACUCCACCCUCGUCUCCGCCCUCGGCCAGGCCGGCCACCUCGACGCCGCCCUCUCCCUCCUUCCCCUCCUCGACGCCGACGGCGUCUCCCCCGACCUACCCCUCCUUACCACCCUCAUCGACCUCGCCCGCAAGCUCGGCGACCACUCCAAGGCCCUCUCCCUCUUCUCCCGCCUACGCCGCGCCCGCGUCCCCCCCGAUCUGAUCGCCUUCAACUCCGCCCUCGCCGCCUUCGCCUCCGCCGGCCUCCUCCGCGACGCCCGCCGCCUCCUGUUCGACGAAAUGCCCGCCGCCGGGGUCGCCCCGGACGCCGUCUCCUACUCCACCCUCCUCGCCGCCCUCGUCCGCCGCCGCCGCUAUCUCGAGGCCCUCUCCCUCUUCAGCGACAUGCGCGCCCGCCGAUCGCCCCUGGACCUCACCACCUGCAACGUCAUGCUCGACGCCUACGGCCAGCUCGACAUGGCCCGCGAGGCCGACCGCCUCUUCUGGAGCAUGGGCCGCCUCGGCCUUCCCCCCAGCGUCGUCUCCUACAACACCAUGCUCCGGGUCUACGGCGACGCUGAGCUCUUCGGCGAGGCCAUCCACCUCUUCCGCCUCAUGCAGCGCAAGGAGAUCGAGCAGAACGUGGUCACCUACAACACCAUGAUCCGAAUCUACGGCAAGUCCCUCGAGCACGAGAAAGCCGGCAACUUGGUGCAGGAGAUGCAGCGGAAAGGAAUCCACCCCAACGCCAUCACCUACUCCACCAUCAUCUCCAUCUGGGGACGCGCCGGGAAGCUCUUCCGCGCCGCGAAGCUCUUCCAGAAGCUGAGGAGCUCCGGCGUCGAAAUCGACCCAGUGCUCUACCAGACCAUGAUCGCGGUGUACGAGAGGGCCGGCCUCGUGGGGCACGCCAAGCGUUUGCUUCACGACCUCAAACACCCCGAAAACAUUCCUAAAGGUACCGCAAUCAAGAUUCUCGCCAGUGCUGGUCGGGUGGAGGAGGCGGCGUGGGUAUUCCGACAGGCGGUAGGUGCGGGGGAGGUGAAGGACAUAUCGGUGUUCCGGUCCAUGAUGGAUUUGUUCUCGAGGAACCGGAAGCACAAGAAUGUCAUAGAGGUGUUCGAGAAAAUGAGAGGGCAGGGUUACUUCCCGGACUCGGAGAUGAUCGCCAUCAUCCUAAAUGCUUAUGGAAAGCUUCAGGAAUUCGACAGGGCCGCCGCCCUCUAUCAGGAGAUGCAGGAAGAAGGGUGUGUUUUCACGGAUAGGGUGCACUUCCAGAUGCUCAGCCUCUUGGGGGGACGGAGAGAUUUCAAGGGGUUGGAGGCAUUGCUUGAGAGGCUCCGCGAUGACCCGGACAUUGACAAGAAGGAGUUGCAUCUCGUGGCGGCUGGCAUCUAUGAGAGAGCGAACAAGCUUGAUGAAGCAUCUAAAAUCAUUGCCCAGAUAAAAAAUUCAAACGCCGUUGCUUUUAUUUGAUAGGAUGUAAGAAUCAUUCUUUUGGUUAUCACAGUAGUUGGAACCCAAAGUCGCCGAUAUCAAUGAAAUGUCCAAUGACUUCACCAACUGUACAAUUUUCCGGACAUUUUACUGAUAGGAUAGGCUUUUGUAGAUUGCCCAAAUCUGAUUGUGUAAGAUAAUCAAAUCCCAUCUUCCUCUGUUGUUGCAAUUAUCAUUUUUUUUUUCAAAAAAGAAACAGCUUAGGCUAUAUUAUGCUGCAUGCUUCUCAGUUA